ACAAAACAAUCUCGCUGAAAUAUUAUUUUGCGUUAGCUAACCAUGCCUCGAAAGAGUCGAGGCAGGCAGAAAAUCGAGAUGACUAGAAUGUCCAAGGAGAGCAACCUCCUUGUGACCUUCUCGAAAAGAAGAUCCGGGCUUUUUAAGAAGGCCAGUGAGCUAUGCACUCUUUGUGCUGCCGAAAUUGCGGUUUUAGUCUUUUCUCCUGCUGGGAAGGUCUUCUCGUUUGGCCACCCGUCUGUAGACUCUGUCAUCAACCGCUUCAUCUCCAUAAGGGGUCAAGGUCCGAUGAUGUCAACAACUCCUUCUCCGGUUCCUUCUGCAGCCGCAGAAGCCCAUCGCGGAGCAGGGCUCCGCGAACUUAACGGGCAGCUGACCGAGGCAUUGGCUCGGCUAGAGACCGAGAGAAAGAGGGGAGAGGAAUUGGGCCGAAUAAGGAAGGCAGCCCAAGAGAAUUGCUGGUGGGAGGGCCCUAUUAAUGGGCUUGGGCCUCAACAACUAGAUCAGUUAAAGGAAGUUAUGGAGGAUUUGAAGAAGAAUGUGGCUCAACAGGCUGAUAAGGUGAGAGCCCAAGCCGCUAUUGUUGGACCAUUCUUUCAUGAUCCAACUUCAGCUGGGCCUGGUGGUGGGCCUAUUGAUCUCAAAGUUUCUGGGCUUGGGCUUGGACUAUCUAUGACACCUCAUGGAUAUGCUCUUGGAUAUGCUGCUGCUGGGCCUCACCAUGGCUUCAUCUAGAUUCUCAUUAUCAUCAUUUUGGUUUAAUUAAAAAUAAAUUGAUUGAUAUCAUUAUUAUUAUUUUUAUUAUAUAUCUACUCUGGUGUCUUGUUUGUUUUUCAUAUAUGGUCAUAUAUUAAUUAAUGAUCUAUGC